UCCGGAGAAUAUCCAACAAUAGUUUCCAUUGAAUGAAUAACAGAUCCGGAUCCUAAAAACAAUAAUGCUUUCGAAUAUGCAUGGGUAAUCAAAUGAAAUAAAGCAGUUCGAUAAGACCCCAUACCUAGAGCUAACAUCAUAUAACCCAACUGAGACAUUGUAGAGUAGGCUAAACUUCUCUUAAUGUCUUUUUGAGCAAGAGCUAAAGUAGCGCCUAAUAAUACUGUUAUUAUACCUAUCAAAGAUAUUAGAUUCAGUAUGUAAGGUAUGACUGUGAAAAGAGGAAGAAGCCGAGCUACAAUAAAAACUCCUGCCGCUACCAUAGUAGCAGCGUGUAUAAGAGCCGAAAUAGGAGUAGGCCCUUCCAUGGCAUCAGGUAACCAUACAUGAAGGGGGAAUUGUGCAGAUUUAGCAACUGCACCGGCAAAUACUAGAACGGCACACACAGUAAUAAAUGAUAAAUUGACCUCAUUUUUUAAAAUCAAGUUAUUUACUAUUUCGAAUAAAUCCCGAAAUUCAAAACUACCUGUUAUCCAAUAAAAACCUAAAAUUCCUAAUAAUAAACCAAAAUCCCCUACACGAUUAGUUACAAACGCUUUUUGACAAGCAUUUGCCGCAACCGGUCGUGUGAACCAAAAUCCUAUUAAUAAAUAGGAACACAUUCCAACCAAUUCCCAAAAAAUAUAAAUUUGUAUCAAAUUUGAACUAGUAACUAAUCCCAACAUGGAAGUACUGAAAAAACUCAUAUAAGCAAAAAAUCUCAAAUAUCCUUGAUCAUGAGACAUAUAAUUAUCACUAUAAAUAAGAACCAUAAUUCCAACACUAGUAAUUAAUAUUGACAUAAUAGAAGUAAGUGGAUCGAUUACGUAGCCCAAUUCUAAAGAAAAAUCAUUAUUGAUGAUCCAAGACCAUACAUAUUGAUAGAUAGAACUGCUAUUCAUUUGCUGAAUAGACAGAUCGAUCGAAAAAAUCAUGACUAUACUUAACAAUAGAACACUAGGAAAAGCCCAUAUACGACGGAGAUUUUUUGUUGCCGUCGGAAAAAGAAGAAGCCCCACUCCUAUUAACAUAGGAACUGGAAGUGGAAUCAAAGGUAUGAUCCACGCAUAUUGAUAUGUAUGUUCCAUAAAAAAUAAAAAGUAAUUAAUUGUUUCCGAUUCGCCAGAUCUUGCCUUUUUCGAAAGGAGUCAAUAAAAAAAAUAAAGAUAUGCACUAACUUAAACUAACUUAAAGAGAAUUUUAGAAUUUUCUAUUCUUAUUUAUUUUGAGUCUUUCCUAAAUACUUCAAAUAUUCAAAUCAAAAAAUGAGAAUUGGUCAAAUAAAUUACUAGUAAAAAGUGAAUACUUAGUUCUUAAUUAAGAUAUUUAUGAAGAUAGAAAAACUUACAAUUUUUAGUAUUAUUACAAAAAUUUCUCUCCCAUAGAGCAAGGAUGAAGAAUUAUACCAAAAAAAGGUCUUUGAUUCUGAUAUUAAUCAUAGGAUCAACUAAGAUCAACAACUUGGCCUAAUGAGAUAAGAACUCGCCAUUGUAGUUAGUUUAUUCAAAAUUAUUAACUAGUAUUAUGUCACGUAUCUUUUAACAGAUUAAUUACCAGUCCCAUUCAAAUUUGAAAAAUGAAAUUAGAAAUACCCCUUCCUCGGGCUUGACCAAUUAAUAGAAAAAAAGAUGAAAGUUUUUUCAGUAGGGAAAAGUUGGUUUCUUAAACUUUUUGAUGUAUUUUAUUACAUGUAAAUGAAAUAUCGAACGCAGAAAAUAGACAGAAACAGAAAUGGAGGUUGGAUUUUAUAAACUUCAACCAAUUUCGUUUCUAUGAUAUAUCGGAUUCUACAGAUAUAGAUUUAAGUGAGAAAGAAUGAGAAAUAAAGAUACCAAUCAGUACAAAUUUUUCUUUCUUCCAGAUAUUGUAGGGAAUAGAAAAAACAAUUUUUUUAAAUCACAUAAUAAUCAUAUAUCAUAUUCUUUUUUUUUUUUAGUAAUAUUUUAUACGAUUUUCACAUAUCUAUAUUUAUUUUUUAUGAAGAGAAUAUUAUCUAGAGAAUAAAUAGAUAGAUAAUGAAUAGUAAAGAACAAUUCGUUUUGAACAAUAGAUGUCUUUCACAUCCAACUAUAACAAUGAGUGAUCUCGUAAUUUUAAAAUGGCAGUUCCAAAAAAACGUACUUCUAUAUCAAAAAAGCGUAUUCGAAAAAAUAUGUGGAAAAAGAAGGGAUAUUGGGCAGCGCUAAAAGCCUUUUCGUUAGCGAAAUCCCUUUCUACCGGAAAUUCAAAAAGUUUUUUUGUGCGACAAACAAAUAAAUAAUCAAACGUUGGAAUAAUCUGAAUCAACUUGACUCGAAAAAUUGGCUAAUUUUAUUUAUAAUAUAAUUAAUAAUUUCCAUUACUUACUGUAUUGGACUAAUCAAUAUGAAAUAGAAUUCGUCUUGCUUUUCUGAUAUAUAUAAUAAUAAUUUGUCUCUUUACCGAAUUCUAAAAAUAAUACCUUUGUGUUUGAAAAAACGAAUAAAGAUAAGAUAUGGGGUUUUCCCUUUCUUUUUAGUAUAUUUUAUCAUUUUCGGGGUGGGGAUUCUUAUUUUCCCCAUCGACCCGCUUGUCACAAUCACAAUAAUAAAAAAUAAAAACGUUUUCUUUCUUUCUAUAUUUGGAAAAGGGCAAAUAUAAGAUCUUUAUUCAAAAUGAAAGGGUCAUUGAAACUAAUUCAUUAAGUUUCAAAUUUUGUUUGUAACUUUCCGAAUCAUUAUUUCUUUUAAUUACUAUCUAUACCCUCAUAUGCCUCUCGCUUUCAACCUAAUCGGUAAAAGGCGAUAUUAUGUACAAAAAUGUGUUAAUUUUUAAGUGAUUCAAAAUAGAUCCUAUUUUUUGUUCAUUGAUAAAAUGCAUUUUUUUGUUUCAGAUUUAUGAAAUCAAAUAAAUGAGAAAUGAAUCAUUAAAAAAUGAAAAUGAGAAAAGACAUUUUAUUUUGAGUUCUAUCCUUGGAUUGAGGGCAGAACUAUCUAGUUACAACAGUUCAAUUAAUUCUAAGAGAGCAUAAACUACACGAAAGCCCUAAGUUAAAUAAAACUGACACCCUACAUGAAAAUACUGAACCUUCAAAUCCCGAUUUGAACGAAUUUUUAUUCAUCAUUUUAAAUCUUUCUUAAAAAAUAUUGCAUUGACUUGACCCCUUUAAUCUCGACGAUUGAAUAUGAAUAGGCUAUUAUGAGUUCGAGCAAGCCGCUAUGGUGAAAUCGGUAGACACGCUGCUCUUAGGAAGCAGUGCUAGAGCAUCUCGGUUCGAGUCCGAGUGGCGGCAUGCCAUCUUCUAAAAAAGAUACAAUAGAUCCUAUAAUGAACUCAAUUCCUGAUUUCCCUUCCGUAAUUGAGGGAUUCCUCUUUUUUUUUAAGAUUUUUUAUGAUAUUUUCAACUUUAGAGCAUAUAUUAACUCAUAUCUCCUUUUCGAUCGUUUCAAUCGUAAUUACAAUUCAUUUGAUAACCUUAUUAGUCGAUGAAAUCGUAAGACUAUAUGAUUCGUCAGAAAA